GACUUAAAUUAUUGAAGUUGUUUUUGAUUUUAAGCAGGAAAUACUUCACAUUUGGUCCGUUUUCUUGCUGUUUUCUUGCUUGAACUAAACUUAUCAUUUUGAUAAGCUAAAAUGCCCUGUGUGUGCUUAGAAUAUAGACUAUUUCCAUCAGCUUUAUGGAUGAUGACUGGCCUCGUCGUUCUUUUGGCGAAUAUCCAGAUGGUGAAACAGGCUGAUUCGGGCGAUAUUUGCUCCUCUGAUUCUGACUGCUGGCGAGAUGUCCCAGCAAACAUAACAGAAAUUUGUCGUGGCCAGGAAACUGACUGCAUCGAAGAUCUUUUAGAUGAAAAUCAAAAGGGAAACCUGACCUGCUGUUCUGAGAAAUGUUAUGAGCAAGACAUGUGUGAUGCAGUUGGGAUUUUGGCAGCGUUUCUGGCCUUUGUAGCCGGAUCUUUUCUGUUUUGCUGCAGUCUUUGUGUCGUAGGAGUGUGUUGCAUUUGUGGCCUGUGCAUUGGCGUAUGCGUAUACUGCAAAAGACGCGGGCAAAAUAAGGCUGCAAACUCUAAUCAGAACUAUCUAGACGCGGUCGCAGCACAAUACUCAAUGCAGCCUGGAACACAUGCGACAACAGUGCCCCCGCACCCCCUUAUCACCCGCCGACUGAAGUGCAAUAGGUGGCAACAGAGUUUGAAGAUUCUAUCAUUUGCAUAUUUUCUAAAAGGAGAUAACACACAUCUAAUUUCAAGUAUUGAUAAUCGAUUAUUUUAUGAUUUUAGUACCAGUCUUUCCGAAUGGGGUGGCGGGGGAUUUGGGAGUGGCGGGGGGCCGAAACCUGGGGGAGUAGAGGGGGUGGUGGUGGUAGGCCGCCCGGCCACCUCCUUCCUCUGGUUCACGUCCCCCUGGGCGACCUUCAAACACAUCAUCUGGAAGCACUACAGGUGGCACAUGAUCGUCACAAUGAUAAUUAUCUUCGUCGUCCUCUUCCUAGCCCUCUUCAUUUACACACUACUUCCGCCCGGCCACCUCCUUCCUCUGGUUCACGUCCCCCUGGGCGACCUUCAAACACAUCAUCUGGAAGCACUACAGGUGGCACAUGAUCGUCACAAUGAUAAUUAUCUUCGUCGUCCUCUUCCUAGCCCUCUUCAUUUACACACUACUUGUAAGAGAAAUAGUAAAACAGAAGCUACUUUUGUAUUUUCGGCAAAUUUCUAA